AUGUCCGAAAAACAACAUCCUCUCAAAUUUCCUAACUUUAUUGUGGUUCUCAAAAGUGCGUUGGAAUUUGAUAAGGACGAAACGGUGGAUGGAGAGCGGGUUCUAAAUGCCUUGAAGCUUAAGAGCAAUCGCGCCCAUUCUGGAUUUAGUUCAAAUCCGGUACGAAUCACUCUGUUGGAGAAUUGUGCUGUAGCCAGUCGCCCUAUCUGGUGGGCGAAUUCGAAGGAAACUCGCCUACCCUAUGCACAAAUUCGAGCCUUGUAUGCGUUUGAAAAACAGGCCAAGAAACUCUGCGUGGAUGUGGCUUCUCCAGAGACACAGAAGAGUCGGGUUCUUGUGCUGAAAUUAAAGGAUGCUGUGGAACGCGUCAAACUUCUUGAAGCUCUGGAGAAAUUCAAAAUGCUCACCAGUAUGUAUGAUGAAAAAAACGUCAGGCCAGUGCAGUUUGGUCAUUGGUCUUCUGGUUACUAUGUGGAAGAAAAUAAUGAAGGUGACGUAAACAAACCAGAAACAUCACAACCGGCGAGACAGAGUGAACUGGGAGAAACGCUAUCGAGAGAAAACCGUAGCGUGACUCUACCACGGACACCCAUUCCAAAGGAACCAGUUUCCACGAGGGAAACGACACAGAUAAUACAUCAAGCUGUUGAAACCGAUCGUGUACCAGCUGCACCAACCAAUAUUCAUAUUAUAUUUCAAGGUGUGGAUCCUAGCUCUUUUGUAGCAUCAGAUGAGAUGCGAGAAGGAAAUGAAAGGUAUAUUACUUUAACACCUAUUGGAUUCUCCCAGUCAUAUGGUCAGAACGGUCGAACGGAGUGCAGAUCUGCAGGUAUACCAGUCGGCCAAGGAAUGCCAACAGCAUACCAACAGCAGGUAGAUCACCCGAUGUACCCAAAUGAAUACGAUGCUCCUUUUCCGGGCGGGUAUGUUUCUGGUUAUGAGGAUCAACCAAAUAUGGAACAGCAAAUGUACGCUCAAAAACUUAUGGCUGAAAGAAUGAGAGGCGAUGGACCAACCGACCAAAUGUUUUUAGCGCAACCAGGCUCUUACAGGAACCAUAAACAGUCUCACUAUGUGACACUGUGGAAACAACAUAUAGACUCCACAGCUAUUUCUGGCUUUCCAAGCAGGAUUCAUGAAAUGGAUUCAACUGAACAGUCAGAUCAUCGAGGACUAGAUAAUGCGAAUUACUCCAUUUCACCCAGAAAAUCCAAAACAGAAAAUAUCCAUGCUAGCAAUACCAACACUGAAAUGUACUUUUACAGGUUGAAAUCAAGCACACCUGGAGUGCCUGAUGAGCAGGGAUCACGGUAUGCCUUUGUCUCAAAAGAAGACUCAGGUCAAUAA